AAACUGACAGCUAACAGCUGUCAAAUGUCGAUUUUCUUAAAACAUUAUUUUUCAUUGCACACGUACAUUUCAUCCAUUAGUUCGAAAAAUUUGGUAAAUAUUUUUAAUUAACGGGAGGAAUCUCGGUUAAAAUGUCGGCAUUUUCCGAGUCGGCUUUACUUAAGAAACUGGAAGAACUAAAUUCUAGCCAGCAAAGUAUUCAGACUCUAUCUCUGUGGUUAAUACAUCAUCGCAAACACCAUGCCCCAAUUGUGAAGACUUGGCUGAAAGAGCUGCAAACUGUUUCAGAAGGCAAAAAGCUAACGUUUAUGUAUUUGGCUAACGAUGUCAUACAAAAUAGCAAGAAGAAGGGUCCCGAAUAUGGUAAGGAGUUCUCACAUAUUUUGCCCAAAGUAUUUACGCACAUCGGUGAAACCUGUUCAUCGGACAAAUUGUUUGGAAGUCUCGGUCGUAUUUUGAAUAUUUGGGAAGAACGAGGUGUUUACGAUUCUAAACAAAUUAAAGAAUAUCGUGGGCGUUUGAAUAAAGAACAUAAAGAUAGUGCAGCAGCAACCAGUAGCGCCACAGCAGGUGAGAACAACACAAACGGUAGUCAUGGGGGCACCAGCAAGGAAAAGUCUGAAAAGCGUGAAAAACGUAAACAUGAAGAAAGCAAGACGAAAGUGAAACGGUCGCGUCCACAAGUGGCAGUAGAAGAAAAGCCUAAUAUUAGUCAAAACGGCGAUGCUACUCAUUUAAGUCCAUACCUACCAUUGGGUGAGCCCCCAGAGCCGGAAGAAUUGAUCAAGGCAUUAGCAAAUAUUGAGAAUUCUGCUUCAAGUGAUGCUGUUGUUCGUGAACGUAUUGCAAACUUGCCACCAGAAAUAUCUGAAAUAGGUUGUCUCAGUAAGUUGGAGGACAAAGAUGCAGCAAAAUCGUUGGCUAAACAGGUUAACGAAGCUGUUCUUCUACUGAAUGAGUAUAAUACACGGCUAGCGGCUGAAAUGGAAGAACGCACAAAAUUGGCUUCUAUGUUAAGAGACUUUCAAGCGGAACAGAAAGAACUUUUAGCUCAAGCUGAAAAACGUUUAGAAGAAUACAAACAAAAGCUUAAUCGAAUGGUUGCGGUACAGAAGGAAAUACGUGAUCAUCUGUCGAAUUUGCCAGACUUAACCCAGCUACCGGAUGUGACUGGUGGUCUAGCACCCCUACCUUCUGCUGGCGAUCUUUUUAAUAUACAUUAAUUAUUAUAAAUUAAUUGGUUGUACUGAAUGCUAUUUUAUUCUAAUUAUUCAACUGAGAACUACACAAAAAUCCUUUAAUUAUGUACAUAGACACCAAAAACUAAAAUUAUUGUAGAAUUUACAAAAGAAUUACAAAUCUUCAAUUACAUGAAAUUAUAAUUCUUUAAUAAAUAUUCCUUUAAUCUGGCUUAUAUAUGUA